AUGAGUUCCCGUACGUUACCCGCGGUCCACCUCAGAGUGCCGGUCACUAAUUCGACUACAGUCAAGCAGUUCAUUCGCAAUGUGCGAGCCUCCAAGACGAUCGCAGACGAGCGGGCAGUUGUGCAGAAGGAGAGCGCAGCCAUCAGAGCCAGUUUCAGAGAGGAGGGCCACGACUCCAACACAAGGCGCAAUAAUGUCGCCAAACUACUAUACCUAUUUACCUUGGGUGAACGAACUCACUUCGGUCAGAUCGAGUGUCUGAAGUUACUUGCCUCUCCUCGAUUCGCAGACAAGAGAUUGGGAUACCUGGGGACCAUGCUGCUGCUGGACGAGAAUCAGGAAGUCUUGACUCUCGUUACGAAUUCACUCCAAAACGACCUGAAGCACUCCAACCAGUAUGUCGUCGGGCUGGCUCUCUGUACGAUGGGCAACAUCGCCUCCGUUGAGAUGUGUCGAGACCUCUUCCCGGAUAUCGAGAACCUCAUUUCAACGGCAAAUCCCUAUAUCCGACGGAAAGCCGCCAUCUGUGCCAUGAAAAUCUGCCGAAAGGUUCCAGACCUCCAAGAGCAUUUUCUCGACAAGGCCAAGGCCCUGCUUAACGAUCGUAAUCACGGUGUCCUCCUAUGUGGCCUGACCUUUGUCACUAGUAUGUGUGAAGCCGAAGAGAUGGAAGAGGGCGAGGAAGGGGCCAUUGAAAUGUUCAAAAUCGUGGUACCACAACUCGUGAGAGUGCUCAAGAAUCUGCAAAGUUCGGGAUACACGCCAGAGCACGACGUUUCUGGCAUCACCGACCCCUUUCUACAAGUCAAGAUCCUCAAGCUUUUCAGAGUCUUGGGCAGAGGCGAUGCGGAAGUCAGCGAGCAGAUCAACGACAUUCUCGCACAGGUCGCGACCAACACCGAGGCUUCAAAGAAUGUGGGUAAUGCUAUCUUAUAUGAAGCAGUUCUCACAAUUCUCGAUAUCGAGGCAGACUCGGGUCUUCGAGUCUUGGGCGUCAACAUUCUGGGAAAGUUCCUGUCGAACAAGGACAACAACAUUCGAUAUGUUGCACUUAACACUCUUCUCAAGGUGGUAGCCAUCGAGCCGAAUGCUGUUCAGAGGCACCGAAACACGAUUUUGGAAUGCUUACGCGAUCCCGAUAUCUCCAUCCGAAGGCGAGCCCUCGAUCUCAGCUUCACACUCAUCCGCGAAGACAAUAUCCGAGUGCUCAUCCGAGAGCUGCUAGCCUUCCUAGAGGUUGCUGACAACGAGUUCAAACCAGUCAUGACCACUCAAAUCGGCAUUGCUGCGGACAGAUUCGCACCCAGCAAGCGCUGGCAUAUCGAUACCAUGCUCCGGAUCGUCAAGCUAGCUGGCAACUACGUCAAGGAGCAGAUAUUAUCCUCAUUUAUUCGACUCAUCGCAACAUCUCCCGACCAGCAGACAUACGCGGUGCAAAAGCUCUAUUCUGGUCUCAAAGCAGACAUCACACAAGAAGGCUUAACCCUCGCUGCAACCUGGUGUAUUGGCGAGUAUGGCGAGCUGCUUCUGCGGGGAGGAUCUUAUGAGGAUGAGGACCUCGUCAAAGAGGUGCACGAAUCCGACAUCGUUGAUCUUUACACGACCAUCCUCGAUUCCACUUAUGCCACUCAGAUCGUAACCGAAUACAUCAUCACUUCUUCUAUGAAGCUCACCACACGAAUGUCCGACCCAUCUCAAAUUGAGCGCAUUCGAAGGUUGAUGGGAUCGCGCACCUCGGAUCUGAACAUUGAAAUCCAGCAGAGAGCGGUGGAAUACGGCAACAUGUUCGGCUAUGAUGGCAUUCGCCGUGGCGUUCUGGAGAAGAUGCCACCACCAGAAAUACGAGAAGACCAGCGGGUUCUGGGGCAAGCUGUCGCUCCGGCUAAGGACAAGCGGAAGGCUGCGCUCAAGGAAAAGAGCAAACGCGUGUCCAAGGUAGCAGAGCAAGACAUGCUUCUGGAUCUCAUGGGCGGGACCGAUACUCCCGCGGUCGACAUGAGUGCAACGCUGAACGGACAGCAGAAUACGGCGGAUCUCCUGGCAGAUAUUCUGGGCGGAGGCAACAGCGUAUCUUCGCCCCCACCCCAAACCAUGUCGCCAGCUCCUGCACAAUCCAAUACAGACUCGAUCAUGGAUCUGUUCGGAAAUGGAACCAACGCGAGUUCAAAGCCCGCAACGCCUUCGAUACCAGCAGGACCAGCAGCGCACAACGUCUACAGCAAGAAUGGACUGGCAGUUACCAUGCAGAUAUCGCGGUCGGCUGCCGGCGUCCAAGCUCUGGCGCGGUUUAAGAAUUCGUCAAAUUUCGAUACUCUGAGUGGCGUCGGCUUACAGGCAGCAGUGCCCAAGAGUCAGAAGCUGACGCUGCAAGCAAUCAACAAAAGCACUUUGGAAGGCGGCGAGGAAGCAACCCAAGGCAUGAAAAUCGUGGGUGCUACAGGAGUAAGCUCACGCCUCUCGUCAUUGUGA